GCCGCGCUGAAAACAUCCUCUGGUUCCAGAGGCCUGUCACCCCUGACUUCUUGUUAAAGUACAAUUGCCCAGUGCUUCGUGCGAACUUUCCGCGGACCUAAUCGCAACCGAAAGUGAAAAGAAAGCCUGGCCAAACAAAGAGGAUUAAGCCCGAGGCGAGCUGCAGGAAUAAUUGUGGCAUUGUUUGCCAGCGCCCUUUAUAAGGUGUUUGACUGUCACGCCGCCGGAAAGUCGCGAAUCGGGAGUCCUUUGUGUGUCGGCAUGCGUGCCAGUCAUUUGCAUAAAUUGGCCAUCUAACUCGAGUCCUUUUUUUGCGCGGUGUGUGAAUGCGAGUUUGCCAAACAUUCCGAGACCCGAAAAACAAAUAAAGUAAAUUGCCCUGCUACAAUGGCGGGCUCAAGCGUUUUGCGGCCCAUUCUGCUGGCUGUGCUGCUGGUAGUGCUGCAGGUUUCCGUGGCAACCGUGCGUGGAGCCGCCACCGCUGGGGUUGUCCUCAGCGACGUGAACAACAUGUUGCGCGACGCCAAGGUGAUGACCUCGGAGAAGCCCGUCGCGCACUCGAAACCGGAAACGGAAGCGCCCGAAUCCAGCGUGGAGCUGCUGCGCUUCGUCGAGGACGACGAGGAUGGCGAGGACCUCAGCUCCAUGGAAGACCCUUCGAACGGCAGGCGGAUGGCCGACCAGGUGCGCCUGCUGACCAAGCAGCUCAACGCCCUCAUGCUGCGGCGCCGCGAGGAUUACGAGAUGCUGGAGCACAAUCUGCGCAAAUCCCUGCGGCUCACCACCAAUGCGGCCAGCGUGGACGCCGACAUGCGCAGCGAACUGAACCAGCUCAGGGAGGAGGUGGCCUCGCUGCGCUCCUCGCAGAGUGGCAACAAGGAGCGCCUGACCGUCGAGUGGCUGCAGCAGACCAUCUCCGAGAUCCGCAAGCAGCUGGUGGACCUGCAGAGGACGGCCGGCAACGUGGCCAGGGACGUUCAGCAGCGCAGCUCCACCUUCGAGGAUCUGGCCACCAUCCGCAGUGACUACCAGCAGCUCAAGCUGGAGCUGGCCGCCCAGCGGGAGCGCCAGCAGCAGACCGAGGUCUACGUCCAGGAGCUGCGCGAGGAGGUCCUCCAGCAGGAGCAGGACUUCCAGCACGCCCUCGUCCGGCUGCAGAAGGGGACCCGCAAGGAGGGCAGCUCGGCCAGCGUGGAGGAGGAGAGCGGCAGCCAGGACGCCAGCCAAGAGCCCACUGGCCUAGAACCCACUGCUGACCACAAGCGUCGUCACUGUCGCUUCCAGAGCGAGCAGAUCCACCAGCUGCAGCUGGCCCAGCGCAACCUGCGCCGCCAGGUGAACGGCCUGCGGUUCCACCACAUCGACGAGCGGGUCCGGAGCCUCGAGGUGGAGCAACACCGCAUCGCCAAUGCCAACUUCAACCUGAGCAGCCAGAUCGCCUCGCUGGACAAGCUGCACACCUCGAUGUUGGAGCUGCUCGAGGACGUGGAGGGUCUGCAGACUAAGAUGGACAAGAGCAUCCCCGAGCUGCGGCACGAGAUCUCCAAGCUGGAGUUCGCCAACGCCCAGAUCACGUCCGAGCAGAGUCUGAUCCGGGAGGAGGGCACCAACGCGGCCCGAUCCCUGCAAGCCAUGGCCGUGAGUGUGAGUGUCCUGCAGGAGGAGCGUGAGGGAAUGAAGAAGCUGUCCGUCAACGUGGACCAACUGAGGACCAACGUGGACCGAUUGCAGUCACUGGUCAACGAUGAACUGAAGAAUAAGCUCUCCCACCUGAACAAGCCCCACAAGCGGCCGCAUCACCAGAUUGCCCAGCUGCAGACGCCGCAGGAGGACUCCUCCUCCCCCAUCGACUCCGUCCUGGCCGAGACCCUGGUUAGCGAGCUGGAGAACGUGGAGACCCAGUACGAGGCCAUCAUCAACAAGCUGCCGCAUGACUGCAGCGAGGUGCACACCCAGGCGGAUGGACUGCAUCUGAUUGCGCCCGCGGGCCAGCGACACCCGCUGAUGACGCACUGCACCGCCGACGGUUGGACGACGGUGCAGCGGCGGUUCGACGGCAGCGCCGACUUCAACCGCUCGUGGGCGGACUACGCCCAGGGAUUCGGGGCGCCCGGCGGUGAGUUCUGGAUUGGCAACGAGCAGCUGCACCACCUGACCGUGGACAACUGCAGCCGGCUGCAGGUGCACAUGCAGGACAUCUACGACAACGUUUGGGUGGCCGAGUACAAGCGCUUCUACAUAUCCUCCCGCGCCGACGGCUAUCGGCUGCACAUCGCCGAGUACUCCGGGAACGCCAGCGAUGCCCUGAACUACCAGCAGGGAAUGCAGUUCUCGGCCAUCGACGACGACCGGGACAUCUCGCAGACGCACUGUGCUGCUAACUAUGAGGGUGGCUGGUGGUUCUCUCAUUGCCAGCACGCCAAUCUCAAUGGGCGCUACAAUCUGGGCCUGACUUGGUUCGAUGCCGCUCGCAACGAAUGGAUAGCGGUCAAGUCAAGCCGCAUGCUGGUCAAGCGCCUGCCCGCCGCCGAGUGCCAAGCGAGUCCCGUUGCCGCCGCCGCUGCCGCUUCCGUUUCCGGUUCAGCCACAGAAGCAACAACAGCAGCAGCAGCGCCGGCGGCGGUGACGACGGCGAAGCCCACCAACAACAACAGUGUGGUGCAGUUCGUGGCCGCCGGGCAGGCGUAAGUGAGCUGCUCCCGCUUUUAACGGAGGGGAUGAAACCGCUACAGUGAACCACCACAGCCAUGCCUACUAUAGUUGGGAGUCCACUGUUUGUCUGUGGGAGGUGGAUCUGAAAGAUCGGGGCUAGAUAAGUGUAAAAAUUGGGGGCCAAUGGCCCCCACUCCCAUAACCUCCCACUCAUUGUAAAUACAUACCCAGCAGAUCAGACCUAAGUUGUAGCAUUAGUCUUUCGAAUGGAGCUUACUCUGGCCUUAGAGUACCCUAGCCGUAUGCGUAAAUUAGUUGGCCACCACCAGGCCCCCUUUUCGCCCGUAUAAAUAUUCGAUUCUUUGGUCUUUCAAGAAGAUCUCAUAGAGGCUUAAGUUCCGCGGCGGCUCAAACUAAAGCGAGAGCGACAGAGACAGAGAGAGCAUAUCAUUUAAGGGAGUGCAGAGUGCAGAGUGCAGAGUUAAUGUCUAGAUAUAAUCGUCCCAUAAACUAAAACUUAAACUAAUCUAGAUGUAUCGUAUAAGAGGCCUAAUCUCGCUUAGGCUCAUCUCAGACAAAUAAUAAAUAUACAGACGGACGCGCGGGGAGGAGAGGAGAUCUUUCUAGCCUAAGUCACCAUAUCAGUCAUAUGAGUAUAGAUCUACUAGUUAUAGCGUUGGUAAAUGUACUUGUAAUUGUUGUACCAUACAAUAGUGUCUACGCAUUCGUUUUCCCGCUUACUAAGUGUCUGCUUCAGUCCAAAACCAACCUACACAAUUCCCCCAACCGAUGGAGUCGCAUGCCAAAGAGAUCAAGUCAGAAAUAAAACAGAUAAUAUGCAAGUUUUUACGACAAGAGAAACUGAAAACUAUUUUCUGCAGUUUUGCAUAUACCAAAAAUAAAUAACAAACAAAUGAAGUGAGCGAAGGGCAAGAAACCAUAAGAGCUAAAAAAUGCAUUUAGCCCGUAAGUUAUGAACUAUAUUAUGUAUACAUUAAUUUUAUGUCCUGUAAGUUAAGCAACUAAAAGGAAAACCACGAAGCUUGGCCCCUAGACCGGCGUAUUUUACAAUAAAUGGAUUGAUG